GUCGUCUUUGCCGUCCUCUGCCACCACCAUAUCGACUUUCCGCAAUCUGUAGCAUUUCGUCUCGCCAACAAGACAAUCAGCAUUGCCGCCGUUACGUACAGCAUCUUCUCUGCACCUAGCAACGCCCACGAGGUUCUCGUUUCAUCGCCGUCGUGCCAGACCCACGCAUCAUCACCACGAAGCUCCAUCAAGCAACCGUCGACUCUCACAAAGACCACGAGCCUGCCUGUCCACUGGCCUGUUGUCAAGGCCUUUCAUCCGGACAUCACAAACAGAGCUUCCAGGCGAAGCCGCUAUCCUUCCACCACAACUACCACCACCACCGUCACAAUGGUCGAGUGCAUCUCUCUCAAGGGCUUCACCGUCCGGGUGCAGAAGCUCAUGGGCAUCAAGCGCAAGGCCGCUCACCGGAGAUCGCUCAGAAUUUCUGCGCCGUUCAACUUCGUCCAUGAGUCCUCUGCACUGCCCGGCAUCUCAGAAGACGAGAUCUCUAUCCUCAAAGAGAAAGCUGCCGCCUCUCGCAUUGGUGUCGCCCCCGGCUCGCCAGAGCCCACAGCAAAGCUGCGCAGGGCCCCUGCCCCUCCGUCGUCGUCUUCCCCUCUGCGGUCACACGCGCCCAUGGUUAUGGUUGGCCGGCCGGUCCAGAAGCCGCUUGGCUCCAUGUUCUGAGGAUUGUCGCAACAGACCACAAAGGCGGCACAUUCCGCUAGCGGCUACUCACCGCUGCCUGCUUACCACCACCAAGCGGAGUUUUCUUCUCUUCUGAUACGAACUGGCGUGCUCCCAACGGGGCGGUCAUUCCACUUUUUUGUUUUUUUUUCCCUUGCAUUGAUGCUGGAAACAUCAAGGCUCUUCACAUGAGGGGUAAGUAUGACUGGGAAACGGAUGGCAUGACGGAAAUAAAGGAGUUUAGUGGGAAAAUGGGAGGAACCUCUAUUUGAUUUCGGUAUCUUUCACCCCCUCGCACCGUGCUGCGAGGGUACGGGUACGUUCUCUUUUCGGAAUGGCGUUACGGCAGCAUAGGCAUUUUUUUCAUCCACGAGGUCGACAAGACACUCAGCAGACCAUAACAUACCCCGCACCACAGCGAUGGGCGGCCAAUAGAGCAUUUCAAGACAUUUGCAUCUGAG